UAGUAGAAAAGGUAAGUAAGAAUGAGUUGUGGAGUCUUUUAUUGUUUGGCCAUCAUACAAUUUGAAAUGUAGGAUCAUGAGCUUUUAUGUAGCCUUUUACUUAUCGCCCAGAGCUUCCAGCCCCCGAACUUCACAAAAGCAAGUACUUUGCGAAGAGGUUUGCGGGCGGGGAAAGAAAUCUUCUCUCCUUGUCUUAGGGUUAUUAGCUUAGGGCCCUGUGAAUGUAACCGACAAAAGACAGAUUAAAAAGAAAAACAGACUGUGAACAUUUGCAGCGCCCCUACACACGGAGUAACUGGUGAUGGGCGGGCUUACGUAGCAAUUUAUCAAAAGAACAAAACAUUUGUAGAGAAGCCACAAGACAAAGGAAAAGGACCUUGAGUUUCUAGGGCGGCCAAUUGUGGGAAGGCAAAUAUAUGGGAAACUGAUGGGAGACAAGAACUAGUUAGUAAAGUUGGUUAUGCAGAUUCCUCCAGUGCCACCUCUGGGCUGAUGAGGGUCUAGAGUUUUCUCCUGUGAUUGACUUCUGCCCUUUCUGGUAGAUUGGGGGCGGGGGGGACACCUUUGCAAACUUAUGUCCUGCUCUUAGGAAGUAGGGAGAGAGCAGCGAGCUUUUCUUGUAUCAGCUUAAUUGCCUUUAGCUCAAUAUAAUCCUUAUGCCAAACUGGCACGGUUUGGUGCAGCGUAUUCUGCUGCCCAUCAGGUUCUAGGGCUGUCCUCACAAUGAGUUGUGAGGGAAAGUGUUACUAAGUGUGGAAAUAUACACUACGUAUAGCAGUAGAUGGACAUGUGGUCUCCUCUGACACAAGCAAAAUGUUUUAAAAUGAUGACAAACUGGGCAACAACUCUGAAGCUUCCUGAGUCUUUUAAUAAAUGUAAAGCUUAAAACUUAUUUUUUUUUAGAAAUGAUAUAUGCUUAGUAUGGAAAAUCUGCUCAGAGAUUCUCAUUGUUAAUAUUUCAGCACCCUAUUCCAGUCUUUUAAAAUGUAUUUCAAAAAGAAAAAUAUAUCUCAAGACUACACUGGGUAUUUACAUAUAAAUGUAAACCUAAUAUAUAUUUUCAAAAGUUUUUACUGUAAUGGGAAAAUAUUCAUUGCAUAAUAUGGAGUAAAAGUUAGAAGAUACAAAGCUAUAUAGUAUAAUCACAUUUUUAUUCAAGUGUUCUGCUCGUAUAUAUAAUAUAUAAAAGAAAAAAUAAGAAAAAGGAAACAUAUGAAGAAAAGACAAAACUCUCCAUACACGUAUAUGUACUUUACUCCCAUGGUGUCAUACAUGAAUAAAAUCGCACCAUUUGGAUAGACUGUGAGGUGAAAGUGCACUGGACUUGCCCUAGAAUCUGGGCUUGAGUUGGACAUGGUGUGACCUUGGGCGAGCUCCUUCCCCUCCCAGACUCAGCUUCCAAAUCUAAGAGGGGAACAGUAACGCCUCCCUCUCAAUCUGUUGUGAGAAUUAAGUGAUCUUAUGAAUGUAAAGGUGUUUAGUACCGUGCCCAGCACAGAGUAAGCCCUCUAUUACUCUGUUUUCCUGAACCCCAGCUCAUCCUGCCUGAAGUUCAAAGUUUUCUCCACUAGAUGGUGAUGGUAGAAAAAUAAAAUGAGUAAACCAUACCAGCCCCUAACCAGAUUUAAACUUUCUUUUUAAAUCAGCGUAAAUACAAAUAAGUGUACACUCUGUUAUAAGGUUGCAGGAAAUGAGUUCCGUGUAAAGCAGUAAGCCCUCGGCUUAAGUGUCCUCCGCUAAUCCCUCACUGCUUUCUUGUCUUCAGCCGGACUUGGCGCUCUCUUUGAGCAGUGUAACCAUGUCUGUUCUCUGCCCCAGAAUCGCAAUGGGGAUGACAGAUGCCGUGUGUGGCUCAACUCUCAGAUCAGCCAUCUAUUCAGUGGCCACCGGGAAAGUCUCAGCCUCGUGCAGGUCCCGCGUGCUGCCGUGUAAUACGCCUCCUAGUGUUAUCGAACCUCAGGCGUCAUCUUGGCCCUCGUAAUCAUACCCAAGUCAAGGGGAAGGCAGACUCAGAAGUCACGACUGCGUCCUGAUUUACAAAUCGGAGGCGGAGGGGCACGAACACCACACACCAGACAGGAACUUAGUCGGACUCACCACCAAGAUGCUGAAAGUGAAGCGGCUGGAAGAAAUCAGCACGUGUUACCACAGUGACCAGCUGGAGAAAAUGGCCUUUUUUCAGUGCAUGGAAGAGGUGGAGAAAGUGAAGUGUAUUCUGGAAGAAAGUUCUAGUGAACAGGAUUCGAGAUCUGGGAAGAGUGAGGCUAAGGAGCAGGUGUGCUCACACCCUGGCCUGAAGGAAGCAGCACCAGACAAAGGCAAAAGGACGGCACCUCCCACAGACGAGGCCUGGGCACCACCUGCGCCGUUUGAUCACCGCAUCGUGACAGCCAAGCAGGCCGCGGUCAACAGCUUCUACACCGUGAGCAGAACUGAAAUCCUAGGAGGGGGGCGCUUUGGCCAGGUUCACAAGUGUGAGGAGAAAGCCACAGGUCUGAAGCUGGCGGCCAAGAUCAUCAAGACCAGAGGCAUGAAGGACAAGGAUGAAGUGAAGAACGAGAUCAACGUCAUGAACCAGCUGGACCACGUGAACCUCAUUCAGCUCUACGACGCCUUCGAGUCUAAGAACGACAUGGUCCUGGUCAUGGAGUAUGUGGAUGGAGGGGAGCUCUUCGACCGCAUCGUUGAUGACAACUACAAUCUGACUGAGCUUGAUACCAUCCUGUUCAUCAGGCAGAUAUGUGAGGGGCCUGAGAACAUCCUGUGUGUGAAUCGGGAUACUAAACAAAUAAAAAUUAUUGACUUUGGAUUGGCCAGAAGAUACAGACCCAGAGAGAAGCUGAAGGUGAACUUCGGAACGCCAGAAUUCCUCGCCCCUGAAGUUGUGAACUAUGAUUUUGUUUCCUUUUCCACGGACAUGUGGAGCGUGGGAGUCAUCACUUACAUGCUACUCAGCGGUUUGUCCCCCUUCCUGGGAGAUAACGACGCCGAGACCCUGAACAACAUCCUGGCCUGCAGGUGGGAUCUGGAGGAUGAAGAAUUUCAGAACAUCUCGGAGGAGGCCCGGGGGUUCAUCUCCAAGCUUCUGAUCAAGGAGAAGAGUUGGAGGAUAAGCGCGAGUGAAGCCCUCAAGCACCCUUGGCUGUCGGAUCACACGCUCCGCUCCAGGCUCAGCGCGCAGAAGAGGAAGAAUUGCUGCUCUGACGCCCAGGACCUGGUGGCCAAAUAGUCCCCGGAGGCGCCCUCUUGAAAGGAAAACUGCUGCGGUUGCUGCUGCUUUGAGAAGAUUUUUGGAAAAAUCAGCAGUUCUGAUGCCUUGACCCCUAAGGAGACUGGUGGCUCUGGGGGAGGGGAAGCCGCCACACAGAACUCUGAGUACCUCUGCCAGGCUCGCGGGGCCGGGGACACCCAGAGCUGCGGCCCAGGGGGCAGGCAAGCCCACUCCCUGCAGCAGUGCACACCCCAGAAGACAUUUCUCUGCCACCCUGAGCUUUAGAACUUUCGAUCUCAGUCACUGGGGCACGGGGUGCAUUAUUUCUGCAAUUUCUCAGAUCCCUAGAGCAAAAUCAUACUGGAGAUUUCAAAACAUGUUGAUGCAGAGGUUAACUAUCAUAUAUAGAAUGAAUAAACAACAAGGUCCUACUGUAGAGCACAGGGAACUAUAAACCAUAACAUAACAGAAAAGAAUAAGAAAAAGAAACCAUAACAGAAAAGAAUAAACCAUAACAGAAAAACCAUAACAGAAAAGAAUAAGAAAAAGAAAGUAUAUAUAUGUAAAAAAAACCCAACCGUGUUGGAUACAUUUAGAGGGAGAAUUGCCUUUCAAAGAGGUGAGUACGACGCCAGAAAAAAUCCUAAGUCUGGUGCGCCCUUGACCACUUAGUUUCUCAGACUCUAUUACCUGGAUUUGGUCUGAAUCAGGUGAAUCCAGCUGAUAAGUCAUUUGCUCUCUGGAACAUAAGCUUUCUUUGAAUUCUGAGGCAAGAAGCAUCAGACAGUCUACCUUCAUUUAUUCUGAAAUCCCCUCCAAGAGCAGCAGUGUCUUCUAAGCAACAGAUCUACUUCCAAACGAGGCACGUGUGUUGUCGCCACGCACCCCGCUCUCUUCCGAGGGAAUCUUCAUCCACAUGGAGCACACUGGCUUUGGGAGAUGGUGUAUGACUAGUCUUUACAAUCAGGACCUUUGGAAUAACGUUAACAGUCCCGAGAGCUUCCCUCAACGUGGCUGAAACAAGAAGAGAUGGGUCUGGUGGGUCCUGAGGGGGACAGUGCUGUGCUUCCUGUGAAAGUGACCCAGGUAAAUGCCAGCCCGUGUGAGGACCAGUGACCUCACCUACGUGGCGUCUCUGUGGCUCAGCCCCAUGCAGGGAGCCUUGGACACUGAAGGCCAGGGGCACCUCCACUCACUUUGGGGAUGUGACACUGAUUUCCAGUUGGAAGCAUCUUCUUGUUCCCGAGCUCGUGUGCCAUUUUGUCACAGACGUUUAACAGGGGACGUGAGCCCUGCUGCAGGAUUGGGCGUUGUUUCUUUACAAAGCAGAAGCGAUGCAGAGGGAUUACACGCCCAGCACCACGCCCACCACCAGCAUCUUAAGCCUCCCUCACAUUUUCCACUUCCAAGUACCUGUUGUGUUGAGAUCAGCUAUAAUAAUGUCUUUAUUUUUAGCUUAAAUCGUUCUAGCCUGCAGUUGUCUCAACAGCGACAAAACAAAAUAAGGGCAGCUCGGGGCUGCCUGGGCCAGGGCGGACCUGACGUGCGUUGGCUUUUCCCAGCAUCCCACCGGUGAAUCCUCAUGGCCUGCCCACGGAGAGCAACGCAUGCAACGUCCUUUUUCUUGUGUUUCAGUUACGGGGGAAGCAGAGGCAGAGACGAGGUGUCAUUAGUUCAGGCCACAAGCCAACUUACUGGUCGUGCUGGCUGUGGAAGGUCCUCCUUUGCGGCCUCUGCUCUUGCAUUACGAUGCACUCUUUCUUCCUUGGGCCUAUGCAUUUACCCAAGGUUGGCUUCUCCUGUUCCUGUUCUGUGACUAUGUUUCCAAUGUUUAAUUUAG